AUGAGGUUGUUAUACAAAACUGGUCCAAUGGAGUCGCUGCGAAAGUGGUUCUACAAACCAAAGAGGGACGACCGGUCCCUCUUGGCCCAGUUCUUCUUCGCCGACGACGCUCUCAACAUGAUCGCGGCAGAGUUGGACUCGUUCGAUGGCCGCAAGGACCCCGAGAGGUGUUCCACCCUCGUGAACCAACUAAGGCACGCUCAGGACCGUGUUUUGAAUAUCACCAGUCAGAUCAUGGACCAAAUUUUGGGGGACGAGCGCGUUGCGAGAGGAUUCAGAGUGAAAUUUCCAGAAGACGUGCUGCAAGACAAUUUGGCCGGGCAGCUGUGGUUCGGAGCUGAGUGCCUAGCCGCGGGCUCUUCUAUAAUGAACAGGGAAGAGGAGUCGGCAGCGAUGCGUCCUUUGGCCAAAGCACUUACUCGCAGUUUAGAGACUGUGAGGUCAUUGCUGCGCGAGCAGUGUCUGAGGCCGCGUGGACACGCGUUGUCGCAACACGACGACAUGCUUCAAGAGAGCUUGCGGAUAUUCGACAGGCUGUUCGCUGAAUUCGAGUUGUGUUACGUGAGCGCAAUGGUAAACGUGAAAACACCUCACGAGUUCGAAGCGCAGCAGCUGAUAUGUGUCCUCUUCUCUGAGAGUCUACGCCGAGCACUUAAACAGAACCUUCUGACACAGGAACAAGUUGACUCAUAUGACCCCGCACUUAUGUUUGCCGUGCCACGUCUGGCGAUUGUCAGUGGUCUACUUAUUUACUCAAGUGGCCCUCUUAGCAUAGACAAACCACCAGACGAGAUGUCAGAUAUGUUUCGGCCGUUUCGUACUCUUCUACACAAGAUCCGCUCGUUGCUGUGGACACUCGACCGACGCGAGCUGUGCGCUCUAGAACGGUUACUUUGUUCCAACGAAGAUAUCUCCCAUCUGGCCUCACUCGAUCUACCCACAGCCGGUGAUACGUUGGAUGAAUCAUCGUGCCCGUAUCCAGAUAUAAGUGAAUUUGUGUCAAGGUUUUACGCAGACCAUGCGCACUGUCGAGAUCUCUACACUCAAAGUUCCAUUGAACCCACAAUAACAGACGCGGAUUAUCUCCCAGACAAUAUUGAAGUAAUGACUCCCAUCUUAGACGGCCUAAGUCGUCUAGAUGCAACGGAUAAUGACCACAGACAAGAUAGACUACACACGGAACAUAGAUACGAUAGAUUACAAACAGACACUAUCAGUACAGAUACCCUUCAAACAGACGACAGCGAAUGUCGCAGGAAAACUAGCAGGGCAGAAUCUUCCGACCUAUCAUCCCUAAGGAACCUAUCUACUAAUGGCCUGAUGACCUUCGAUCCUCUCCUAAUAAACGCAGCUUCUACUUCGACUACAGACAAACAAAUUCCAGAUCCGGAUUUAGUUACUUCCUUGAACGAACAAGUGACCGAAAUAGCGGAUAGACUGUCUUCUAUAAUGACGUCAGAUGUCGAACUUGAACAUAGUGGGAAACAUUCGUUUUCGACCAAUGACGUGCCGUCGAUAACUGACACUGAAACAUUCGGUCUAGGCCCAAGGAGUGAGCAGGCCAGCUGUAUGCCUUCUACUAGCCAUGGAUACCUAAUACCGAACGCGAUAAGUCAUGAGCCCGUAGCUCUCUCUUUAUCACAUAAUAAUUCGGCCGUGUUCAAUCAAGAAGACGAGACUCACGAUACUAACGCUAUGAUUAAUUCAGAUCUCCUUAUUAUACCUGAUAAUAUAGAUGCAGAAAUAGUGAAUGCUAACAUAUCAAUUGCUAAUGCUAAUUUAACUUCUCUACUUUUGACUAACGAAGAAUUUAGGAAUAGUUUUAUAAGUGAAAACGUGGAAGGCGACAAUGCUAGUUUCCAUUCGGCGAAAAUGACUUUAGACAGGGAAGAGGAUGAAAAGGUUAAGUUUAUGCUGGGAUAUGAGAGCGAUCAUGAAUCUCCGGUUGAUUCUGGAGUUAGUACUGAGAAUACAAGUUUAGAUAGGUCGCCGGACACCGAUCAGAAUAAGGAUAUAAAAGGCAAUCACUUUAUGCAACAGAACAGGGUAUUAGAGAAUCCCGAUGAGAAGGAAGCCAAGAACACUCUAGAGAGCUCUUUUUCAGAUGUAAAUAAUGAUGGUUCUGUAAAUAUAAAUUAUGUUGAACAGUACACUCAGAAGAAUGAAGCAGGCUCUUCAAGUAUAGACGUUUUGAAUAGGAUAUCUGAUGAAGAAGGUUUGAAUGAAGCGACUAAUUCUAAGUUACAAGAUUGGGGUGCUAAUACUCCCCAAGAAGAGUUCAGGAGUAUAGACGAGGUUAUAACAGAAUUGAGAAGACAAAGAGAGUCCGAUAUAAAGAUAAGUACAUUAGUCAAUGACAAUAAUAGCACAGAUGUGCCCACUCAGAGUACGUCGAGGAAAAAAACUAGAAAGAAUGUAAAGAGCAGAAGAAAAAACAAGAUGUGGUCUCCAGGCAUGGUGAUAUUGGACAAUAGAUCGACGCAGAAUCAGAAUAAUACGUUGAAGUUGAAUUUGGACCAUUUUGUUGAUGAGAGCGGAACGUCUUGUGGUGCUUCGGAAUGUGCUGACGAUGAACAAAUUGCGUUAGCUUUGCAAGCACAGGAACUGGAGGCGAGGCAACAGGCGAGAGGGAAGUUCAAGUCAAGCGAAGAUCUCAUUCAUCGCCUAUUCGUGUGUAUAGCUGGUGUAGCGGAUCAGCUCCAGACCAAUUUUGCUGCGGAUCUGCGUAACAUACUAAAGUCAGUGUUCCUUAUGAACCAAACGCCGGAAGCGCCUGACACGCCGGAACCAGAAAUCAAGGAGCCACCGCAGACCAUAGAGUAUGAGGCCAGUGAAGAUCAGGUCAUACAGAAUGGCAGCUCUUUUGAUAGCGUAUACUCAGCAGAGGAAGUUUACGCAGACAGUACAUCGGAAUCGACGCCGUCAGAAUCGAACUCCAGACUGGUUCGUCGUAACACUGUGAAUGCGGCCACUAUGGCUGCUGAGCAAGCUGCGACCAGUGACAAUAGAAGAAAGUCCGUUGAUAACGCUAGCAAUCUGCAAGCUUCCGUGUCUACAGGGGACCUCACUUACAGCCGUGUAUCGGAGUGUGGUGUGGUGGAGCGGGCGCCGGAGUGGGUUCCGGACAUAGCGGCGCCGGCGUGCAUGCGGUGCGCUGCACACUUCACGGCGUUCAGGCGGAGACACCACUGCCGGAACUGCGGUAAAGUGUUCUGCGCUUCUUGCUCGUCUAACUCGAUCCCUCUCCCCCGCUUCGGUCAGCUGAAGCCGGUGCGAGUGUGCGACGAGUGCUUCCGGAACAUAGCCACAGAAUGUCGCCGCGCCCCGCACAGGUGCUAG